AUGAAAUCCAUUUUAUACUUUCCAGUUGAACUAACCGCCCUUCAAACUUCUUUGGAACCCCACCCCGUCCUCUGGCGGACCAUCCCAUCCCUCCAAUCCUUAGGAAAACUAGGCAGUGGCUACUUUGGCACCGUACUCAAAGCUAUCGACACCGUGGACGUCUACAACUUGUCCGGCUGUGCCAUCAAGUGCGUCGAUAUCGAUAAAACCCUUAACUCAAUGCCGCUGAACGAUUCCGCCGUUUUAUUUUCAAAACUCCUCAACGAAGUUCGCGUCCUCAGCAAACUAAAUUCUGAUCACGUCGUCAAGUACGAUAGUUGUUGGGCAGCGUGCACUUCUAGGAAUGGGAUCACCACACACAUUCAGAGGCUUCAAUUGGAAGCCUACAUAGACACCGUUGUUGAAGAAGCCUCGGUUUCCGUGGGCAUACCAACCUCUGCAUACGGCAGAAACUAUCUCUUCCUAAAACUAGAAUUUUGCGAUACAACUCUCGAUAAAUAUAUUGCAAAAUUUAAAAACACAACCGGUUGUCAUACCCCCUUAGUCACCAAUAUUUGGGAAACGGCCCUUCAGAUAGCAAUCGGGCUAAGGUAUAUCCACACCAAGAAGAUUAUUCAUCGAGAUCUCAAGCCAGCAAAUAUUUUGGGCGUGUUAGUAAAUUCAAAUACAAUCGUUUGGAAGAUUGCAGAUUUUGGAUUAUCCGUAACUUCUGAGGAAGAGGAAUAUUAUGGGAAUCCCGCAGGUACGGCGAUCUAUCGGAGCCCGGAAAUGAGAAAUGGUUCAGUUUACUCAAGCCAGACUGAUGUUUACAGCUUGGGCUUAUGUUUUCUCGAAUUAGUUCAACUAUGCGGAAAUACCUUUGACAAAGUAGAUGUUUUCGAAAAGCUAAUAACUUUGAGAGAACAGAGUAGGCGAAACUUAAUCAAAAACAUUAUCCCCAAAUGUGUCCAUAAAUUUGGGAAGAUAAUUAUUGAAAUGUUACAAGAGGAUCCUAUCAAUAGAUGUAACUCGGGACGACUUUUUGAUUACAUUAACCGACAUUGUGCCAAAUUUGGCUACAAGUAAAUACAAAUUAAGGUAAUUUCGAUACGUUCAUGUAGCAAAUAUCAUUCUGCAAAUCGGUACAAAUCAGUGUUUCUAUUUAGGCGCCUAAAAUUAUUUUUAUGCAUGCAUAAUGCACAAAAGUGCAUAAAAUUAAAAAUUAGGCUCAAUAUGACUCUAAAAACUCUAAAAGUCAUAUCAUUCUCAUUUUAUUCGUACACAAGUGUUGAGCUGCCCUAAUUACUUUAGCAAAAUGAAAAUUAAAACUCAAAGUUGCAAAAAUUAAAUAAUUUUAACACGAAGAAUAUUAAUGAAGACAGUUUGGGUGGGUGUUUUUUAACGUUUUAAAACACUUUUAUGCACUAAUUUUGUACAGGUGUUUUUAAACAGCAGAAACACUGGUACAAAUAGCACAGGAGAAUAUCUAGUAAAGUCAAAACAAUUAUGUGCAUAAUCCAUGAGAGAAGUCAUUCUCACAUUGCGGUGCCUCUGCUCGUUACUGUCCAUACAUACUUCCAAUGCAUUGAAAUGCGCCCAGCAUUACGUUAUAGAAAGGAUAUGCUUAAGUUAAUCCGGGUACGGCCACAGGUAGAUUUUCCCAAUUCAAAGUUACAAACAUUUUAUCUGCACAAAGUUAACCAUUGUUGCGAAAGAUGAAACAAACUUCGAUAUUAACUCAGGAUUAGACAUACACGUCGAUUAUGGUCGGUAUUUGGGACAAUUUUACAUUUUUAUCUUCGUAUUUAUUUCGUGUAUAAUAAAAAUUAAUUCAUGUUUAUUAAAACCCAAAGCAAAUGUGUUUAUUACGAGUUUCCAAUAAAGCUUUAUUAAGUUAUCUGA